UCAAAAAUCAUUGCUUUAUUACCGACAACGCAAAGAUUUACUUAUCUACAGUAGCGCGCAGCGAGUUUUUUUUCUUCAAGUUGAUUAUUAUGCUAAUUUCCAUAAAGCUGGCCAUCUUUAACAGUACAUACUUCGUUGGUGAUUAUAAUAAUUACGUACAUUUUAUAUAAUCAUAAGACACGAUUUUGUCAAAUUUAUCAUGCGGACGAUCUUGAGUCUCGACCAUCAGCGCAUGUGGAAUUAUUUUUCAGUGUCAACAUUUUUAUAUAGCUGUAUGAUGUAAGAAUAAACUGUAUAUUCUAUUCUAACAUUACCAUUCGAGCGAUGACACAAUUGAUCCGAUAAAAUUGAUCGUACAAUAGCCGCGUGAUGAGAAGUCCAGCAUGUAAAUAGUGUCAGGUGAUUGAAACUGUGCUAUUUUGGCUGCCCGUUUUUCUGUCAUUGGAAUUUUUUAUGUUUUUAUUAUCAAUCAACCGUAUAUUGUCUCAUUGAUGAGAUUCAUCUCGCAUAAAUUCGCUCCUCCAGGUACAGCAACGAAUUAAAGAUGGCUGAAAAACUUGCAAACAAUCAACCACAACCCAUUGUUAAGAUAGGCCAUUAUACGUUAGGCCAGACUUUAGGUGUCGGCACAUUUGGUAAAGUAAAAAUUGGAGAACAUGUUUUAACAAAACACAAGGUUGCCGUGAAGAUUCUGAAUCGUCAAAAAAUCAAAAGCCUGGAUGUUGUAGGCAAAAUUCGCAGGGAAAUACAGAAUCUUAAACUCUUCAGGCAUCCUCAUAUCAUCAAAUUAUACCAGGUCAUAAGUACUCCUACAGACAUAUUCAUGAUAAUGGAAUAUGUCUCAGGUGGAGAGCUGUUUGAUUAUAUCGUUAAGCAUGGUAAACUUAAGGAGUACGAAGCGCGACGAUUUUUCCAACAGAUUAUAUCAGGCGUCGAUUAUUGUCAUCGACAUAUGAUAGUCCAUCGCGAUUUAAAACCGGAAAAUCUUCUGUUAGAUCACAAUCUUCAUGUGAAGAUCGCAGAUUUUGGUUUAUCAAAUAUGAUGAUGGAUGGUGAGUUCUUACGUACUUCGUGCGGUUCUCCGAAUUAUGCCGCGCCGGAAGUAAUAUCUGGCAAAUUGUACGCCGGUCCCGAAGUAGAUAUCUGGUCGUGUGGUGUUAUAUUGUACGCGUUACUCUGCGGUACUUUACCAUUUGACGACGAACACGUUCCUACUCUCUUCCGCAAAAUUAAAUCUGGUGUCUUUCCUAUUCCGGAAUAUUUGAACAAGACUGUUGUUAGUCUCUUAUGCCAUAUGUUACAAGUUGAUCCAAUGAAGAGAGCAGCUAUUGAAGACAUUAAAAAACACGAGUGGUUCCAGAAGGAUCUACCAUCAUAUUUGUUCCCGUCACCCGUUGAACAAGAUUCAUCCGUUAUCGACAUUGAUGCUGUGAACGAAGUGUGUGAAAAGUUUAACGUCAAAGAACCGGAAGUACACUCCGCGCUUUUAGGCGGUGAUCCGCAUGAUCAGUUGGCGAUCGCCUAUCAUUUAAUAAUCGACAAUAAAAGAAUCGCGGAUGAAGCUGCUAAGGCUGAAUUAAAAGACUUUUAUGUGGCGUCUAGCCCACCGCCGGUAGCCUUUAGUCCGAAUGACGCGACCAGCAGUCCCUUGAGGCCUCAUCCAGAAAGAAUUGCACCAUAUCGUGAACGUCAAGGUUCGCAAGGUAGUGCAUCUGCACAGACGCAAGGCAAUCGCGGUACACCUGUGAAAAGGGCGAAAUGGCAUUUAGGUAUCAGAUCGCAGUCAAAACCAAAUGACAUUAUGAAUGAAGUUUAUCGUGCCAUGAAAGCGCUUAACUUUGAAUGGAAGAUUAUAAAUGCAUACAGUGUUAGAGUACGACAUAAAAACAACUUAACUGACAGAUAUAGCAAGAUGUCAUUACAGUUAUAUCAAGUUGAUUAUAAGAGUUAUUUAUUAGAUUUCAAGUCCUUGUCGACCGAAGAGGAUGACAUUGGACGAGAUCCAACAUUGCCACCUCCACAAGCAACGGGCCACCACACAAUGGAAUUUUUUGAAAUGUGUGCAGCAUUAAUUACACAAUUGGCGCGAUAGCGUGCCUGUUUUUUGAAAAUUAAAUUCCAUUACAGCUUGUGCUUUUAAUGGUGUAUAGUAUGAAAUAAAUGCAGGCUACUAUAAAACAAA